ACCAAAAUAGGUCCCAAAUUGUGCUACGUGUAGUGUAUCCACCCUUGAUUUUCCUGUAACCGGAGGGCAACCACCUUUCCGGGGCGGAGAGUCCUACGACCCGAAAGUCCAAAAGACCAUCUCACCCUUUCAACUCUGGAUCUUUUUAUGAUAUGACAUAUAAAUUCUACUUUCUUCUCCUACUCUCCCACUCCAACACUCACCCCUGCAACUAAAUUAAACCUAACAGCUUCAACCUACAUGGCUCCUUCCUUUGUACUUAACGGCGAGCUUCCCGCUAUCAAGUCUUCUCCGGCUGUGGGACGCGUCGCUUCUGUUUACAGUGAAGUGCAAGCCAGCCGUAUUGACCACGCGCUUCCUCUCCCUUCUGUCCUUAAAAAUCCCUUCAAAAUCGUCGAAGGGCCUCCAAGCUCGGCAGCUGGCAAUCCAGAUGAGAUCGCCAAGCUAUUUCCAAAUCUGUUUGGGCAGCCAUCCGCAAUGUUGGUGCCAAACGGGGCUGAUUCAGUGAAUCCGGAUCAAAAGCUAAAGAUUGGCGUUGUUUUGUCCGGAGGUCAGGCACCUGGAGGACACAAUGUGAUUUCUGGAAUCUACGAUUACUUGCAGGACCGUGCAAAGGGAAGCAUAUUAUAUGGGUUUAGAGGUGGUCCUGCUGGGAUCAUGAAGUGCAAAUACGUAGAGUUAACAGCUGAUUAUAUCUAUCCCUAUAGAAAUCAGGGUGGCUUUGAUAUGAUCUGCAGUGGGAGGGACAAAAUUGAAACACCUGAGCAGUUUAAACAAGCUGAAGAGACUGCAUUGAAGCUUGACCUAGAUGGACUUGUCGUUAUUGGUGGAGAUGAUUCAAACACUAAUGCUUGCCUCCUUGCUGAAAACUUCAGGAGUAACAAUAUUAAAACUAAGGUCAUUGGAUGCCCAAAGACUAUUGAUGGUGAUCUGAAAUGCAAAGAGGUUCCAACCAGUUUUGGGUUUGAUACUGCAUGCAAGAUAUAUUCAGAAAUGAUUGGAAAUGUUAUGAUUGAUGCUCGAUCAACUGGAAAAUAUUAUCACUUUGUAAGGCUUAUGGGGCGUGCAGCUUCACACAUUACCUUAGAGUGUGCUUUGCAAACUCAUCCAAACAUUACAAUCAUUGGAGAAGAGGUUGCUGCUAAGAAGCUGACACUAAAAAGUGUUACCGACUAUAUUGUAGAUAUAAUCUGUAAACGUGCUGAUCUGGGUUAUAACUAUGGUGUAAUCCUUAUACCUGAAGGUCUAAUUGAUUUCAUUCCUGAGGUGCAGCAUCUCAUUGCAGAACUGAAUGAAAUUUUGGCCCGCGAAGUGGUGGACGAAGGUGGGCUAUGGAAAAGGAAACUUACUAAUCAAUCUCUGCAGCUUUUCGAAUUUCUACCACAGGCAAUUCAGGAACAGUUGAUGCUGGAAAGAGAUCCACAUGGAAAUGUCCAGGUUGCCAAAAUAGAAACAGAGAAAAUGCUUAUUCAAAUGGUUGAAACUGAGUUGGAGAAGAGGAAGCAGCAAGGCUCAUAUAAAGCCCAAUUCAAAGGACAGUCCCACUUCUUUGGUUAUGAAGGAAGAUGUGGUUUGCCAACAAACUUCGAUGCUAUGUAUUGCUAUGCUUUGGGCUAUGGUGCUGGAGCUUUGCUUCAGAAUGGAAAAACUGGGCUGAUAUCAUCAGUUGGGAAUUUGGGGGCACCUGUUGCAGAAUGGACUGUUGGUGGCACUGCACUGACUUCUUUGAUGGAUGUGGAGAGGAGACAUGGUAAAUUCAAGCCCGUGAUCAAGAAGGCAAUGGUUGAGCUUGAUGGUGCACCAUUCAAGAAGUUUGCAUCAUUGCGAGAUGAGUGGGCACUCAAGAAUCGAUACCUUAGUCCUGGUCCUAUCCAAUUUAUGGGCCCAGGGUCCGAUGCCGUGAGUCACACGUUACUGUUGGAAUUGGGAGUUAAUGCUUAGGUAUAAUUGUGGGCCUGCUGAUUGGUGGAAGCUCGAGUUCUACUGGUGCAAUUCUACUUUUUGUUGCUUUUAUUCAAUGCCUCUUUUUUUAAGCUGAUAUCUGAGUGUAGGAUUCUGGGACUUCUUUAAAGUUUUAGUUGGAUGGUAGUCCAUGGACUUGUACAUUUGAAGUGUGAUUGCUGUCAGUGAAUGAAUAAUAAUAAUAAUAUGAUGCAAGCAUAAGUUUUGAUUUUAAGAUA